AUGCCGGACCUACCGGAAGAGUUGCUCCAACAAAUCUUCGAAAACCUCCAGGUGUCUGGCCCGGUCGAUUUCGUGGACGAUCAUCGCCUUCAUCGACAGACAUUGGCAGCGAUAUGCCGUGCCAGCAAACAGUGCUGCAGAAUCGCCCAACCGAUUCUCUUCCACACGGUGCAUCUAGGCGAGUAUCAUGUACUCAUUCGCUCGUUCUGGGAGCUCCUCGUGCAAAAGCCCCAACUCUCGAGACUUGUGCGAUCACUGCACAUUGAUGAAUGGGCCCAUCCACGGCUCGAGCCUGAAUACACUGAAGAACAAAUCGCGUCCGAACUGGGUCAGGUGCGGUUGGAAGUUAGCCGGCCUCUUCAAGAUUAUGUCGAAAACGCAAUGGCGCCUUUGCGCUCCAUCUUGGGUCAUACGUACGACACGGUGCUAUCACGACAAUUGGCAGGGAUAGAAGAUGGCAUGCUGGUCUACCUGAUCGCCCGCUGCCAGGAAUUGAACUGCCUCGAACUUGUGGUGCCUCAUCGGUUCCCUAAUUAUACCUGUGUUUACUCUGCAUUGAAGCACAUGGCCCAGCUGCCGGUCGCAGCUGAUCCACCUCCAGAUGUCACCAACAAUCAGCAGCUCACUCGGUCUCUUUCACAGCUGAAGGAGCUGCAGAUGCAUCACUGGGAUACCGAGAACGCUUUCGAUGCUAGCGAGGCCAUUCAAUUCUGGACGUUCAGUUCGCUUGAUGUGUUCCGAGGCAACAUGAUUGAUUGCACCAGACACGAUGGCCUGAGAGGAGCGCCUGCCUUGAGGGAGAACAACCUCAGAACAUUGGUUUUGGACAACGCACUCAUCGAAGCUGAUGGUUUGCGUGAGAUCCUUUCCCGUUGCCCAAAGGUCGAAGUCCUCUCUAUCGCCUGGGGCUCUGCCUCUGUAGGGGAGUGCGUUGUCAAUCACCAGCAGCUUGGCCAAGUCCUUCGGGAUCUUCCCCAGUUAUCGAAGGGUUUGAAAAAACUUGUCUUGGAUCCACUCGAGGCACUCGACUACAACGAAUCUCCUGAAGAGUUUCAUGAGCCGCUGGGUAGUCUUAAAUCUUUCCAUUCACUGGAGUAUUUGGCGCUGUCGCCCAAAGGUCUAGUCGGAGACGACGAUGAAAAUGGCGAGGAUUAUCCGAACUUUGCCAGCCUCCCCUUAACGGAAAUGCUGCCAGAGUCGCUCCAAACGCUGGAUGUUCGUGAACCACCAAAUGUCCAGUACAGUGACGAGGCCUAUGAAAACAUGAUGAAGGACAUGAUGCCUCUUGAUACCGAGCUCUACGGUCUGAUGAACGAUACUAGAUUCCGCAAGCUCCACACCAUCAAAAUGAACCGUCUCAUCAAUGAGAAAGAAAUGUCUCCAGAAGACAUCGGAUGGAAACAGGUCGAGCUCAAGCAGACGUGGCUCGGAAGACAUGACUACGCUUUGAACCGAGUUCAUCAGCAACCCGCGGAUCUCUGA